AUGAAAUCGUGCGAUUUUGUCCAGCGUCGUGGAAGCUCCCCAGCGGACGCAUUUAUUGUGCGCCUCCGCCGUCUUCGAGCAGCCUCUUCGUCCGGCGCAAUCGAUUCUCUGACGCGCUGAUUGGCCGCGCAACUUUGUGAGUUCGCGGGCUUGAUGCACACUCGUCUCUCACGUUCAGUCGUUUGUCUCCAGAGGGUUCGCCAUCGUCAUGUCAAAGCAGAACUCGACGGGUAACCGCAGCAUUACUGAUUGGUUCAAGCCUAAUCCCACCAUCGCGGCGGCGUCGCAGCGCAGUUCAGAACUCACCCCGAGAAACGUGCCGUACUCAGUGACGACGAGAACCGAUGCUCUAAACUCGCAGGAUCAUCCCUCAGUCAAAAGACAGCGCCUUUCAAGCGAGGGACGAUGGUUGUCUCCCUCGCCGCCAUCCUCGCCAUCGACGCUAGUAGCAAGUAGCGCAGAAGCAGUAGAUGGCGCAGCAUCGGCACUAACCGAUGCGAAUGUAUCCUUUGCCUCAAUACGCUCCAACACGUCCAGCAAACGAAUCACUGUUUCAAAUGGAGAAGAAGUUGUGCGGGGGUCCGACACAGAGACCGACGAUGACCUAGAAGAUCUGGAUGCGAUCCUGAACAAGGGCAGACUUAAGCCCAAACCUCUCACUACAACAAGUCAUUCGAACGAAAGCACUGUGCCGGCUAAUGUCGUCCCGCGCCCGCAGGAGAAGAAGAGGAUACACAAGUUCAACCUCGGUGCGCUGGUCGAAGAGAAGCGGCGACAGACGGCUAUGGAAGUCAGGAUUGCGGAAGCGCAGGCAAAUUUGCACGAGGCGGGCGUGAGUGAGGACGCGGUUCGGGGAACGAAGGACAUGACGCCCAAAAAGGAGACAAUCAAAGCUGUGCUUGCAGAAUCAAACGACGCCGAGGAUGGCAGCAAGGCCCGCCGCGUCAUGGACGCUCUGCAGCGGACGGAGGCAUUCGAACGAGAGGACGUUUGGCAUUUCUUCGAGGAUCGCCCUCCUCAAAACAAACCUCGAAAUCCGUUUCCGAAGAUAUCGCACCCGAACGCCAUGCUACAGAUGAUAUUGAAUGAUCCCCAACGGCGGCAGCAGGCCUUCGCCUCGGGAUUCAUUCAGAGGAUUGCCGAAAAGAUCCCCUUACCAGAGGAGCUUCUGUCCUGGCUCAUGAUCGAAGUGUGUCGGGAGUCGCGAGACGUUCUGGUCUUUGCGUACAUUGAGACGCUGAGUCAGGCUGCGCGACCCAGUUCUGCUUUGCUGAGCGAGGAAAGUCUAAAGAGAUGCUUUCAGGCGCUUGGUGUCAGGUCGGAAGCCUUGGACUUCCAGCGACCAGUACAGCACACUCGAGAACUAAAAAAGAAACAAAGCAGCGUCGCGGGCUCGAAUAUUGUGUUCUUUGUGCAUCUGCUUCAAAAACUCUGCGUCCGACUGCCCUUGCCAUCCAAAGAUCUGGCCGCACAUUUCCUCAUCCGCUCCUCGUUUGACCAAAGCAUUCUCUCCUGCUCUCAGGCACGUUUCCACAUCGAGCGAUGCUUUAGAGACCUUCUUGAUGCCUUUGCUGAAGGCCCCGAGCUAGAUGAAGCCUUUUCACGGAUAUUAAAUUCCACUUUUGAAUCCGUCCAAGCCCCCUCGCUGCGCCAGCAGCUGCUCGCCGCGCUGCCAGCGUCCAGCUUCAGAGCACACCACUUCCGCCGCCUGCUUGCUGUAGCAUUUGCGUUGGACAAGCGAAAAUUUCUGAAGUCAUCUUUGCAUAAUCCCGCACUAACGGCGCGCAUGCUCUUGCUCUUUGAGGCGUCGUCCCCGCUACGCGUCACCUCAUCGACGGACUACAGCGAGCUGCGCGCCCGUCUCUCCAUGCUCGACGUGGCCAUAGACGUCGGCUUCUCUGACUUUGCAUUUCUCGAUCAAGAGACAGGCGGCGACAGCAGUGACAGGAGGCAAGUGGAGAAGAAGUUCAAUCAAGGCAUUGACAGACUCGCAAACGCGGUUCGCGACCUCACGGCGCGAAUCGUCGACGCAGGAGCGGCGCACAUGUCCAGGACGGAAGCAAAGAUAUUGGCGGAGCGAGUAGCGCAGCGGUUGGAGUUUGGGGUACGCACGAGAGAGCGGCCGCCGAAGGACUGGUUUUGCGAGAUCGAUCGGAUGAACAAGAUGGCGUUCAUGAAAGGGUGGAUGGGGAAGAACGAGGAGACAGCACCGGAAGCUGGCGUUCCCCAGGCGAACGAGGACAGGACGAAAGUUGAGGCCUCUGUACCGCCGAAGCCAGAUGACGACGGCCCAAAGGAGCCCUCUGACCCUAAGAACGACCUUUCUAACCAGAAGAGGAACGUGCUGGAUGUGCAGGCACUUGAGGAGCCUCCGCAAGGCACGUUCCCCGCUCAUCAGAUGGCGAUACGAAGCACGACUGCCGUAGCGGCAGCUAAGAAGCGCAAGAACCGGAUGCUUGUUGUGCGAUUCUGAGGGCCGUCGAGGCGGACACCUGGCGCUUAUACACGGUAAUACUAUGGGUACUAUGUUUGAAUUAUACUUUCUACGCAUAGCCUGCUCAAUCCGCAGCACCGCGGCGAGGCGCG